UUCUCUUUUUUUUCUUUGCAGAGAACUUCACGACGGUACAUCGAUAAAAGAGAAUGGGAUUAUGGAUGGAAGCAAAAUAAUUCUGCUGUCAAAUGUUGAGACGGGGCUUUUGGCGCAACGUCCAGAGAAUACGGUGAUGCAAGCUUUGGAAUCGUUGAACGAUUCACAAGAGAACGAAUUUCUUAGCGGGAAAACGCCAUUGAAUUUGAGUAUACGUGUAGGUGAUCACAUGAUGCAGAUUCAAUUACAAUUGAGCACUGUAAAUCCAACAAAUUCGAAUGCAUCUACCUCAACUGGUUCGACUGGAUCAGUUAAUUCAUCUCGAAAACGUAGCAUAUUUCGGUUGAAGACUUCAUCAUCGGCACGUCCGUCAUCAUCGUCGUCAUUGGCCCAACAAUCGUCCAGUACAAAUUCAACUCCCAUUAGAUUCACAAAUGCCAAUCAUAUGUACAAAUCCCCAUCAUCAGAUCAAAUACCCGAAAAAUAUCGAAAUCGCCAUGAAGUUGUGUUAUCACCCCAAGCGUCUACCAGUCGCGCCUCUGAUUUGAUUGAGUCGAAAAAUGAAUUCAAAGAACUACACACAAUCGUUAGUUCACUUAGCAAAGAGAAAACUGAAACUAAAACAAUCAAUGACGCCGACGUAGAUGCCAGUAUGGUUAGUAACGAAGUUGAUUCGUUUUUGGAACAGUCACCAAUCAAGUCACUGUCAAACUUAGUUUCUGGACCGAUAAAAACAUCUUUGUUGCAAAACAUUCCGAUGAAUACACCGACCACCAGCAAUAACCUUACCUCAUGCCCAUGUAAAUCAGUUGAGAGCAGUAGCAGCUCUUCAUCUGGCUGUGAUAUAAAUUGUCAAUAUUCGCGAACCCGUCAUCAGAUACAGCAUAAAAAGUACAUAAAUCACACCGAACUGAAAACCACCACCACCACCACUACCACCGCCACACGAUCCUCAGCGCUACUCCAUAAAACUCUGAACAAUCCAAUUGCAAAAGUAAAGUCAAGCGGAUCUCAAGCCAUUCAAAGUUCUGCUCAGGCAGCAGCCGAUGCAUCAAAUUUGCGUUGUUCGAAAAGUUCGGAGAGCAUUUCACAUGCUGAACAAGGAAUUGCCAAAAUGGUCACGGCAAAAUCGUUGCAAAGUGAGCUCUCAGUUGAUCAGCCCAUAAAUAUAAUUGACACCACUGCUGGCAAUAGCCUCGAUACGGUGUCCGAUACACUGGCUGAAGCAUCACGCAAUCUGGCCAAAACUGUUCGGAAAUUAUCAAAAGAAGUGUUCAGUAGUAAAGGUGAUGCAUCGGCCAUAGCUAUAAAUGAUGAAAAACGUACACGUUCAAAUAAUACACCAACCAAUUCGAGUAGCGGAUCUCAUCAGAGUGGCGCUGUAGCUGGUUUUGGUUCAGGUGCUGUCAUUGAAUCGAUGCGAAAUCAUGGACGAGGCAUUUACUCUGGCACAUUUUCGGGCACCCUCAACCCUGCUUUGCAGGAUCGUUACGGUCGACCAAAACGCGAUAUUUCAACCGCUAUUCAUAUCCUUAAUGAUUUGCUAAGCGCAACACCUCAUUAUAGCCGUGGUGCUCGAAUCAGCUUUGAACCCGCUCAUCACUCUCGCAAAUAUUCGUCAUCGACGUCAAAGCGAAUAAGCAGUACAAGUGCUGGCAGUGCUCAAUCGCAUCAGCAACGUUCGCAUUGUUCCAAAUGUACGAUGUCAUCCAGUAAAUCUGGAUGCAAUGGUGAAUGUAUCAAAGCAUCUCGCAGUACCAGUCGUCAUAUUUAUGUUACCAAUGACUCAGUUCAAUCGUCAAAAUCGGCAUCGUUGCCAUCGACACCCAUUUCAACAAAUAGAUCAAUUGAUUGCCGUCAAUGUCAAAUGCCAAUGAGCAGCUCAGCACCCGUUACUCCAGCAGUGUCACCAAAUCAAUCAUUAAAUAGUUCGACUAGUUAGAAAAAUAAAAAUAAAAUUCUUAAAUCUUAUAUUCAGAAAUCAUCGAAUAUGAACAGCGCAUACUAUCGACAGAGCUUGUUAAAUUGUCAUUAUGUCAUGACAAUUUUAAUAAAAUAGCAAGAUAAUAUGGUCUUUAACCUCUUGACUUCAAUAUUUAUAAAUCAAUAUUAUUUUCACGAAAUAAAGAUACAGUGCUACAGUGUAAACAAAUAA